CAGGGAGAGGAGCCAGAGCCCGUUGGGCGCAGCCACGGUCGGCUGCGCUAGGAGUAGUACUGUUGGGUGGCCCCCGGGCUCCUCCCUCGGGAGUGGGUGCCAAGUACGCGACUCCCGGGCUCGCGAGGCCUUUGCCCAACACACACGUGCACCCCCAGUCGGCAGGGGAGCUGGCAGUUUGCGGGAGUGUGGCGGCCCUGACCUUGGCUUAGCUGAGCCGGCUGUCUCAAGUAAAAGUGAGGGGGCCGCCUUCGCAGCGGAGGGACAGGUCCCCGCUUGGGUUCCCGGAGGCGGGAUCUUGCGCUCGGGAGGCGAGGGGGGGGGGUGAGACCGACAACUUUCCCAUCCGAAAAGUACCGACAAGGCGGGAAAAGAAGAUCCAUCACACCAACGAGGGGGCUCUUAGAAGGGGACAAGGCGCUUUGGGGGGUGGGGAGCAAACGGAAGAGUGAGGUGGAGUUGGGGAGCCCGCGAGGGAAGGAAGAGGGUACUGCGCGGCAAAGGGGUAAAAGGGUCAGGGAGGAAGAUUCGGACAGAGUUGAGCUCAAAAAUGAGCCCCCCCCCCCCCUCCCCGCCCGCCGAAAAGAAAGGAAAAACAAGGUAGGAGAAAGACUUGGCGAACUGGAAAGUAGAAAGCGAGGCGAGUGGGCGGGGUAGGGAGGAUUGUGCCCAGGCCAAUGAGUGAUGCCGGGACGGGUGACGUCACAGCCAAUGGACAGCCAGCGCGGGACUUUCAAUUAUCGCCCCGCCCGAUCGGAAGAAGACGGUGCCUAUAAAGAGUGCGGCGGCGGGCCGAGGCCCCGUUACUCUCGCUGCCGCUGCGCUGGUGAGUUGGUGUUUUGGUUCGCUAUGGCCCGUACAAAGCAGACCGCCCGCAAGUCGACCGGCGGCAAGGCCCCGCGGAAGCAGCUGGCCACCAAGGCGGCCCGCAAGAGCGCACCCGCCACGGGCGGCGUGAAGAAGCCGCACCGCUACCGGCCGGGCACCGUGGCCCUGCGGGAGAUCCGGCGCUACCAGAAGUCCACCGAGCUGCUGAUCCGCAAGCUGCCGUUCCAGCGGCUGGUGCGCGAGAUCGCGCAGGACUUCAAGACGGACCUGCGCUUCCAGAGCUCGGCCGUGAUGGCGCUGCAGGAGGCGAGCGAGGCCUACCUGGUGGGGCUGUUCGAGGACACGAACCUGUGCGCUAUCCACGCCAAGCGCGUCACCAUCAUGCCCAAGGACAUCCAGCUGGCUCGCCGCAUCCGCGGGGAGCGGCUCGCGGGGCCACGCGCCGAGUCCAGGGGCGUCCCGUCCCGUUUGUUGGCCCCCUUUACGGGUGCGGCCAGGACCCCCACUUCGGCUUCUGUGGGGCGGGCAUGCGUGCUCUCUUCCUGGGGUGUCCUUACGUACCCCACGGUGACCCCGGGUUGUAAGCUGUCGGGACAGGAGACGAGGGGCCUUGGGCUCCAGGACGGGCCGAGACGACGAAGAGUCCCUAGGGAGCGGUCCGGACUCGGCUGGCCCGGCUUCUUCCCCCACGGGAGCCGUGCUCCCGCGGCCUCCACACCCCCGCCGGAAGUGGCCCCCAGAGGCGCGGCGCUCCGGCUGGUGGGAGGGCGCAAACCCGCCACCCGCCACCUUGGUACCGCCAGGUUUCUGCUAGGUCGUUGUCGGGAUUCCCAAACCCUGCCUGCACGUCGGGUGUCGGGCAUACACUACGUCCAUAGCCGUGACCGUCUUGCGCUUAGCGUGCUCAGUGUAGGUGACUGCAUCCCGAAUAACGUUUUCCAGGAAAACCUUCAGCACGCCCCGGGUCUCCUCGUAGAUGAGGCCGGAGAUCCGCUUGACUCCUCCACGCCGGGCAAGGCGCCGAAUUGCCGGCUUGGUGAUGCCUUGGAUGUUGUCCCUCAAAACUUUGCGGUGGCGCUUGGCACCCCCCUUGCCCAAGCCUUUGCCACCCUUUCCUCUCCCCGACAUAGCGAAAAACAAGCUGGAGACACAACCUUCGGCAUCAUGGCCCGUACAAAGCAGACCGCCCGCAAGUCGACCGGCGGCAAGGCCCCGCGGAAGCAGCUGGCCACCAAGGCGGCCCGCAAGAGCGCACCCGCCACGGGCGGCGUGAAGAAGCCGCACCGCUACCGGCCGGGCACCGUGGCCCUGCGGGAGAUCCGGCGCUACCAGAAGUCCACCGAGCUGCUGAUCCGCAAGCUGCCGUUCCAGCGGCUGGUGCGCGAGAUCGCGCAGGACUUCAAGACGGACCUGCGCUUCCAGAGCUCGGCCGUGAUGGCGCUGCAGGAGGCGAGCGAGGCCUACCUGGUGGGGCUGUUCGAGGACACGAACCUGUGCGCCAUCCACGCCAAGCGCGUCACCAUCAUGCCCAAGGACAUCCAGCUGGCUCGCCGUAUCCGCGGGGAGCGGGCUUAAGGCCUGUGCUUUUAAGUGGACCACCUAACGGCUCUUUUCAGAGCCACCCAUGUUUUCACGAGGAGUAGCUGUGUCGCCUAUCUCACCUGGCGUGGGUGUACUGUUGUGCACUGGUGCUCUGGGUAGAGGGAUGAGGGGAAACUCGCACAUGGUGGGUAGGAAGAUCACAAUGUCUGAACUUUGGUCGGCUGACAGGCACUAGAGGGAACAGCUGAAGCUGGGCUUAGAUCGCUUUUGCCUAAGCUUUUACAUAUGUUGAGUUACAGUCUACAGCGUCAGCCUUACUAGUUUGAGGAAAAACUUGCAAGGGGGUGGACUCUGCUCUACUAGUCGUUUGUAACGUUAACACGCUACUCGUACAAAGCGUUAGCACGAAUCUGGAUAUAGAAACGAAGCGGGAAGGAGGUCGUGUGGGUUUGUGGUAACUGCCGGGUUGGGGAUUUGGGUUUUCAACUAGAUUUUACGGUUAAGACUAAGCUGGACGUAAGUCCUGGUUUGCAAAUGGAAGCCUUUUUCCUGGUUUAUGUGUCUUAAGAGUUGUAUGGAUCUAAUAUCUAAUACCCUAUUGCAUAAGACAGGCAGCGCAAACACGAAUAGGAAUUUGAGGGAAAUUCCUGAUGGGUUGGGUUUUUUUGUUUUUUUUGUUUUUUUUUGAGAUGUUUGUUACUGCUCCGAAACCCAAAGGCAAAACAAACUUCCACAAAGUGUAUGAAGUAAACUGAUGCAAAAAUAGAAAUGGGCACUUCGGAUCUUUUCCGUAAUGCAAGUACAACUGACAAGUAAUAACCAUCCCCAAACACCCCAAACAGGUGAACUAUACUUUUACGUAACUUAUUGGUUGGUCUGAAACGGAACAUUUCAAUUGGCUAAGAAGACGUUUGCUCUGAUAGCCAUUAAGGAAGCGCUAGCAGAAGCUAUUAUUUGCAUAGACUCCACCCCUGUAUGACGACCUUGUUGGAAAUUAACCAAUAAAAAUGCAGUCCUAU